AUGCCGGAAGAGACCAUUCCUGAAGGGAAGUUGUUACAGGAAAUCGAUAUCUCUUCCAAUCUUACACAAAAUCAAACUCAGGAAAUUCAGCGUAUUUUAAUCAAACACAAGGAAGUGUUUGGUUUGGAUGGGCGCUUGGGAAGUUACGCCGAGGAAGUAAGGAUUCCGUUAAUUCCUGAUACCAAACCGAUAUCAAUUCCUCCUUUUCAUGCAUCUCCAGUAAACCGAGAAGUUAUGUUAAAUAUAUAUAUAUGA